AACUUCAAUCUGAACAUGGUGACAGUUGGCAUGUUACUGAUUGUCCUCUUUCUUUCAGGUGCUUUGACUUUUUGUUCUGAUGAAACAGCACUCUUCAUAAAUGCGUCAAAGCAGCUGGAAGCACUGAGUGGAUCUUGUUUGCAAAUCCCAUGUAGCUUCAGACCCAAAGAAGAACAGAAAUUUAAGAGCCCAAGAAAAAUCUUUGGAGUGUGGAUUAAAAAUCGACCCGAAUUUGGCAAUAAUCCAAACAAUGUGAUCUUCAACAGUAAUGGAGCAGUUAGCAUCUAUCCAAUGAGUAUUACUGGGGACCUGAGUCAGAGAGACUGCACCACUCUGUUUUCUAAUUUAACCACCACAUACACAGACACAUACUUCUUCAGAGUAGAGAGUGAAACAUUCAAGGCAACAGCAGAAUGUGAUUCUCUUCAAAUAACAGUCAGAGAUUCUCCUUGGAGGCCCAAUAUUACAAUCCCAGGUGAUCUGAAGGAGAAGGAGUCUGUCACUAUAACCUGCUCAGCUCUCACUCCCUGUCCACACUCCCCUCCUCAACUCACCUGGAAUCUCCAACAAGACUCUCACAACAAAAUAGAGGAAAACACAGAUGGAAGCUUUACAACUAAAAUCCAGCAGACCAUCACUCUGUCAGACACACAUGAUGGAAAGAAGAUCAGCUGCUCUGCCAGAUAUCCUGUAAACCAAGGAAAAGACACCAAGACAGCAGAGACAGAAGAGACUCUGUGUUUCAUGUAAGACAAUCAGAGUUUGUUGUUGGAUCCUGUCAACAUAUCUUGAUUUAUGGGAAGUCAGCUCUUUGUAACAAAUGUAAUCUGUGUCACUCCUUUUCUUCAGAUGCUCCUAAGUACACCUCAGCUUUCAUCAGUCCAUCAGGUUUGGUGUCAGCAGGCAGCUGGGUGAACCUGACCUGCUCCAGCAGAGCCAAACCUCCAGUCAGCAGCUUCACCUGGUUCAAGAAGAGCAGAGAUGGAGCUGUGAAAGUAUCUGAAGGAGAGAUUUACAGCUUCAA